UGGACUACACUUCCGUUAACAGCUGUUAUAAACCCUCCGCUCCCUCCCGCUUCACGAGGCCGCGACAAGAACAAAGGAUCCGACACAUUCCUCUGAUCUGAACAUCAAUCACUCCUGGGUGUGACCGCUGAUCGGUGGUUACCAUGGUAACAGCUGAUGAACGUUAAGAUGAUGAUGAUGAAGACGGUGUGUGUGGUGUGUGUGUUCCUCACACUCGGGUGUGUCGGACCCGCUUCAGGAGAUGUGCACUCUCUGUUUUACACCUACACGGCUCUCUCUAAACCUCUGGAUCUUCCUGGAGUCUAUGAGUUCACUGCACUGGGAAUGCUGGAUGACCGAGAACUCGACUACUACAGCAGUGAGACUCAGGUUAAGGUUCCUAAACAGAAAUGGAUGAAAGAGAAGAUGACACAGGACUACUGGGAGAAAGGAACUCAGUCCCGCAAGAGUAAAGAGCAGUGGUUUAAGGUCAACGUGGACAUCCUGAUUGAUCGAAUGAGACACAAUAAGACUGAUCUUCAUGUUCUUCAGUGGAGACACGGCUGUGUGGUUAAUGAAGAUACAAAUGGGAAUAUUAAAUUUCUUAAUGGAGUUGAUGAGUACAGUUAUGACGGCACUGAGUUCCUCUCCUUUGAUGAUGUAAACUCGAGGUGGAUUGCUCCAGUCCCGGCUGCUGAGCCGACCAAAAGGAAAUGGGAUGAGGUGGCCAUCCUUAACCAGUACACCAAGGGCUACCUGGAGAAAGAGUGUGUGGACUGGCUCACCAAGUUCAUGGACUAUGGAAAGGAAGAGCUGAGAAAACACUCUCCCCCAGAGGUGCAUCGGUUAAUAAAGAAAUCAGCAAUCGACCGCAGGAAGUUGACCCUGACCUGCCUGGCCACAGGGUUCUACCCUCCAGAUGUGCAGCUGCAGGUGAGGAAGCUCCGCACAUCCCUACCUGAACAUCUGGUAACAUCUUCAGGAAUCAGACCUAAUGGUGACGGUACCUACCAGCUGAGGAAGAGCACGGACAUCGAGGAGAACGACAAAAAUCUUUACGAUUGUUAUGUGACCCACAGCACUCUUGAAGAACCUAUAAUUAUAAAUGGAGCAGCCCCAGCCUCAAGCGGGAUAAUAUGGGCAGUGAUUGCAGUUGGGCUUGUGUUGGUUGUGGUUGCUGUGGUUGCUGUGGUCAUAAUUAUCCUGAAAAGGAAAGGGAUUAUUGCAUUUCCAGGUGAAAAACGCGCGUAUAAAAAUGCCAAUGGACACACGAGUGGAGACCUGAAUGAAAAUGCGAAUGGAUGCGAUAAUAAAUCCAUGAAAAAGACUGCAAAUGCAAUCAAUUCAGCUGCAUGAAGAUGAAGAUCUCAGACCUGAUGAGACGUGUGGUCCUGAUUCUACACUUUUCAGGAUUCUGUAAAUAAUGGCCUUAAUCAUUUCAAGCACCUUAAGCUUUCAGAGUGUUUCCUGUCUCUCGAAGCUGUUAACUCACAGAACAUGAAGAACCCUGUGGAGUCACUACACACACCGUCACUGUAUAAUAAGCUGAAAUAUCAAAUUAAUUUUACCAGACGUGAAAGUCUUUACAACAUCAGCACUUAGCUUCAGCGCUGCUACUAUAACUAUCAGUGAUUUAUAUUAUAUAUACAGUGCUGUUAUACACAGGUACUGUAUUAUAUUUAGUACACAUGGUGUUAUAUACAGGACUCAAUUUGAGGGGGGAUGCAGGGGCAUGCCCCCCCCCCUUAAAAAAAAAAAGACAAAACCCAUCCCCUCUGUAAAACCACGAUCCCCAUCAUCCACUAAUAAUGCUGUGUAUUAUGUAAUAUCUGUCAUGAAAAUGUAAUAUCAAAACUCUCUACAUUUGAUCAUCUAUCAAUAAUAUAUAAAUAACAGCGAUUAGCCAAUCAGAAUUCAGUAUUUUUCGUGCUGUUAACUCAAAUCCUCUCAGCGGAGACGCGAUGAAAACAAAGGAUUUAGUUAAAUAAUAAAUACUGACAGCUUUAAUGAUUAUAAAAGACGACUUCUUUAUACAAUUUGUGUUUCGUUCUCAAUUUAUAGAAGAGGUUUUGAUUUUUUUAUUAGACUUUGUGGCUUCACCUACAUGCUGGAGUGCAAAAGGGCUUUGAGGCUCCAAUUUAAAUUAUUUAAGCUUAUAUUUUGUUAAAAAAAAAAAAAACUGUUCCUCAACCGUUAGUUGUAAAUCGUCAGACCCCUCCUCCCCCCAAAAUACUUGACCACACAAGCUGUGGUUGAAUUAUAAAAAAUGUUGUUUAUUUACAGAACUAUUCAUUAUUUACAAACAUAAUUUAAACAUUAAUAAACAAACAACAUUAAAUGAUGAAAAGAAUAUUUGUGCCUAUAAAAACGACAUACAGCGGGACCUCAGUGUUUAAUCCAUUCCAGAGUUCUUAAGGUGAAAUGUUGUAUUGUGAAACACAUUUACACAUAGGAAAUAAUGUAAAUGCAGAUAAUCCGUUCCAGCCACCAAAAAUAUUACCAAUUUUCAACACUAAAUUUUACGUCGACACACAGUUUCAGUCAUGAUAAACUUCUUUUGUUAUUCAUUUAUUAAUUUUAAUGUUGUGUUUGUAAAUAGUGUGUGGUUUUGUACAUAAUAAUGCAGAUGUAACACCAUGUGUACUAGAGAUAAUACAGUAAGACUUUUAUCACAUUAUUACACAAAAGAUCCAUGAAGUGAGACGUGAAUGAUGACCACGUCUCAGUUCUUUGUAGUUAAAGUCUUUUACUUUAUAUUUUAAUGUUAAAUUAUUUUACACUACAGAUGACCUGGAUCUGACUGUAUUAGACUGAACACAGAUGAUCAGCAUUAACACUACAGCAGGAGCCCAGACACUGGGCCAGGGAUAUAAUAAGCUGUAACAAUGUUUGAUGGCGUUAAAAUUUCCUUGAAAGUUCGAAUGAUAAAAUGAUGUUGGAAAAACAUUGCGAAUACAACCUCACAAUGCUGAUUAACAUUCAUUCCCACAACCUCUGAUCACUUCAGUGGUUCCUCUACUGUAGGUUUCUCUGUAAAAUCUGUCUGAGAAAGCCAGGUAGGUGAAGAAUGGAGAAGGUGUGAGAAGGAUGGAGAGUUGUCUGAUCCCUCAGACUGUUAUAUGGAUGAGUAAUGAAAUGUCUCUACAUAAAAAGACAGAAGUCCAGUUGACAUGACACAGCUUGAAGAUAACUUCACCUAUAUGACUGAGGAUCCUCAUAGACUCAUCUGUUGUAAUGUGGUGUUUGUGACACUUGUUACCUACAGUAUGCGCAUUUACCCGCUAGUUUUACGUCUACCUGUGAUUAUCUCUAUUCAGAGCUGUUUAAUGUAACCUUAACAAUGUACUCAGUUUAUCUUAAACAUUUUUAAAUGGAUUAAGACGCAUUUAACAUUUAUUUUUCUUAACACAAAAAUUUUAUGUUCUUUGAACAUGCAUGUGCUAAAAAAGUAUUUAAUAAUAUUAUUUUAUGCCAAUUUAUUAAAACUCUAUCGUUUAACGUCCAUCUUUUAAACUACGACUUUGAUAAAAGUGUUGAGAGCCGGUGCUACUGCUAAUCGCUACUGAGUCCGUUACACUUUACGCUGAGAUUCUAACUCAGAUAUUAUAAUGAGCUCGAGUCAUGUGACCUAAUCAUUUGUGAAUUUUAUGUAAUGUAUAUUGAGAGAUUUGUCAAGGUUUAAAUGUUAGUAAAUAGUUUAAUUAUUCAAUAAUCACAUUGAUCCUGAUGGUUCAGCGGUGAGAUAUAAGCCGAGUAGAUGUUUAAAGAGUCAGACCUGCACCGCUCUAGAGCUUUAGGAAUCUGUUUUAUUUUUUAAAAAAUUCUUUGGAUUUGGAAACAAACUGUUUUUCCUUUGCCUUGUGAUGAAAGCUCAUUAUUUUAUAUACUGUAUGAUCAAUUGUCCUACUAUGUCCAUCCCAGAAAUAACUAUUUGUGAGCGUAGCCUGUGUGGUACAAUGUGUGUUUAUUUCUGAUAAUCUUUUAGUUUUUAUUUUUACUGCUUUUAAUAAUGCACUUUUAAUUCUCAUUUUGAGUGAAGACUGUCUGACUCAAUCAUUGUUUUUAUUAUGUGAUUGACUCAGACAGUCACAGUUAAACUACAGGCUUGCGUUAUGACUGAAAUUAAUAGCAAUAGCCACACUUAUAAUUACACUAAUACAAUAUGUACCUGCAGUAUCAUUUAAAUAAAACUUACUUCUUAACCUAU